AGUAGCGCACUGCUUCUACAUCAACAAGAAACAUAACGAAAAUGCAGGUUUCACGCGCUGCGGUGUGCGCGCGUUCGAGCUUUGUUCGCGUGCAAGCCUUUUCGUCGUGCCCGGUCGUUCGUGUCAGCACUUGUGCUCGUGUGCGUGUUAACAGCGCUUGCCGGAGCGCUGCUCAGCCUCGCCAGCGGCCAUCGCGCUUCGUGGGCGCCCGUUCGGAGCUCAGCGACUCGCUAAAGGAGACGGCUGCGCUUGAUGAGCUGAUCGACAAGCUCCUGAGUGCCAAGUCACAGCAGCAGCUGGCCCAGCUGGUUGCGGAGAAUGUUGUGGCUGUGGACACCAAGUUCUGGAUGCGCAUCGCCACCCGCAACGACACGGCCGCAUCCAAGGAGGACAAGGACAAGCUGCAGGGCCUGGCCACGUCUGUGAUGGUGCUUGUGGACACGGUGCGGCGGCGCACGGAGCAGCAGCUGGCGGACAGCGGCGCAGUGCUGCAGGACAUCCUGGUUGCGGCCGCGGACGACAAGGGCGAGUGGUACCUGCCGCUCACAGACGACCAGGUUGAGUCAGUGCGCGAGGCGCUCAACCGGCACCGCGACCGGCUGGAUGAGGCGUUGCUGUCCAACGCCUUCGCCUGGAUCAAGAAGAGCUCGGAGGACGGCUUCGACGGCAUGGUGCAGCUGCUACAGCUGGUGCUGCAGCUGUACGCGGCGCGGCAGCUGGCCACCGGGGAGACGGAGGGCGUGGAGGGGGCAGUCAACAAGCUGCUGGGCUCGCAGGAGAAGCAGUGGACGCCGCUGCUGCGGCAGCUGGUGGCGGAGGGGCAGCUGACGGAGGCGGCCUUUAUGGAGGCGCUGCAGCGCAAGAUGGAGGGCGUGGUGCUGGGGCUGCAGAGCGGCAGCUACGCGCAGCGCGUGCAGGCCGAGUACCUGAAGGAGGCGGAGGCGCGCGCCAAGUCCGUGUUCCAGGAGAUCGCGGCCUCAGCGCCCAAGCAGGCGUAGGGCGCAGGCAGGCAUAGGGAGCAGAGGGGCGUAGGGAGCAGAGGGGUGCGUUGGUGGUUGUGAAUGGGGGGCGCAAGGGCAGGUGCGCAGGGGCGCCGGCGAGGGAUGUGUAUGUGGGGAUGUGGGUGGCGUGAGGGAUGGGGAGGGGGAGGGGGGAGUGGCGGCCGCGGGCACGCGGCGUGCGGUGGAGGUGGGCUGACGCAGCCAGGAGGCAGCGGCAACGGGGGCAGCGGCAAGCAAAUGGCGGCAGCAGCAAGGAGGCAGCAGUAGCAGCAGCAGCAGCAGGAGGAGGCUGUGGUGUGGGCUAAAGCGUGCGACACGGAAGAAAGGCAGGGGUGAGAGGCCUGAGAACGGAUGCCCGGGGGAUGCCGCCGCCCCCAGCGCCACGGCCAGGAUUGCAGUGCCGUACUGUUUUGGCUGUGUGGGCUGUGUGGGCUGCAUGGGGUUGAGAGUGGAAAUCGAGAGGGUGGGUUGAGCGAGACAGUAGCUCGGCCCGGCAAUGCUGGCGCUGGCUGCUGGAGUAAGCGGUGACGGAGAUCGGAGGGGGGACGAGAUGGUGGGCUAGCCGGUGUGAAGGCUAGAUAGGACGUCGAAGCGAACGGCAGUGGUGCAAAAGCAGUUCUUGGUCAAUGUCGUACUGACUCCGCUCAUCUACCGUACUGUCUACAUGCGGCAGCGCUGCGUGUGGCUUGCUUUUAUUUUUGCGGUUGGAAUGUUGCGUGGCACCGACGCGCGGGAAAGCUGCCGAUGGCGCAUCCUAUAUGAUGGGGGGAGGGACGCAAGGGGGAGGGCGGAUUGCCGUACUGCUUUCGUGGGCGCGAAAAUGGCUCGCGAGGUGACUACGCUUUCCUGCCCCUUGCCAUGUUCCAUCACGAGCUCGCGACUACGCUUUCCUGCCCCUUGCCAUGUUCCAUCACGAGCGAGGCGUGGGAGUCCCAGAGGUGCGGGUUUUAACGUCAUCAUAACG